GGAAAUUUCGUUCACGGAGAGGCGGUCUUUUUUAUUUUAUUUUAUUUUAUUACUCAGCUGGGUGGAUAUUUUCCUUCACGAGUCACGACGACGCGGUUUUGUUGGAGCGCUUUUUCAACCUCUAUCCCCAGCUCACUCCAAACAAAUCUCAAACUCUCGUCGUAGUCGUCGUUAUCAUCCGACCGGCGAAUCGAUGGCAGAAGCGGCGGCGAUCAUCUCGGGAUUCAAAUGGUUGGCUCCCGUCGCGACCGAGAUCCUCAAGAAUGGCUACUCCUUCAUCGGGAUGGAUGUGGACGAAAAGCUGCGGGAUCUGCAAAACAUCGUCAUCCCCCAAAUGGAGAUGCUGAUUGAGGCAGCAGAAAAUAGCCCGCAUAAAGAUCACCUCCAUGGUUGGCUGCGGAGCCUCGAGGAAGCAGUUUACGAAGCAGAGGACGUGCUGGAUCUGUACGAAUUACUUUCUCGAAAAAAAGUGAAGAGUAGUGCAGGAGGAAUCAAGGUACGUCUGGAAUCUCUUCCUCCAAUCAAAUACUUAUCAAAAAAAUUUAGUAUAAAGCUGAAAAACAGCUUGAUUAAGCUGGAGAAGACUGCUGCGAAAGCCAGAGAAUUUCGGCCAUUCUUGCCCGGAGGGAGUAGUAAUGUAAGGGGGUCCGAAACUGCCAACGAUUCAGGUCGGAGGGUCACCACCACCUCGCAACUCCCGCACAAAGUGUUCGGCCGAGACAAGCAGCGUGAUCAUAUCAUUGACCUCCUGCAUGAGACGGCAGGGCUCGAACCUGAAUCUAGCUCUGUUAAAUGCUAUUCUAUCGUAGCCAUCGUUGGUCUAGGAGGAGCUGGGAAGACGACUCUUGCACAAUAUGUCUGGGAUUAUGAAAAAGAAGCAGAAGCCAAGCAUUUCGAUAUCAUCAUGUGGGUUCAUGUGUCCCAGAGAUUGGAUGUUGAAAUGUUGACAAAAGAGAUGGUGGAGUCGGCAUCUGGAAAGGGAUGCGACUUGACUAGUCGCGACAAACUUCAAGAAAAAUUGGAAGUUAAAGAGACGGUCGAGCUGCAGUUGCUCGCUCCUUUACGAGUGGGCAAUAGAGGAAGCAAGAUCUUAAUGACGACCCGCGAGAAGAGAGCAGCGGAGGCCUUACGCGCUAGAAACAUUCUAGACCUGAAGGAACUAGAAAAAAGUGACUUCUUGUCCUUGUUCAUGUACUAUGCCUUUGAUGAUGCCAAAAUUGAUGAUAUCAAGCUAUGCGAGGAAUUGGAAGAGAUCGUGAGGCAGAACUCACCGAAGCUGCAUGGCUCUCCCUUAGCGGCAAGAAUGUUUUUAACGAAUUUAAAAAUUAAAAGACGAAUUUUAUCCGAAUUAUAUCCGUAUCGAAUUUUUGCCGAAUCCGAAUUAACUAACUAUGAUCAAAACUUAGAUGCACCAUUACAAAGAUGCUUCUCAUAUUGCAGUCUAUUUUCGAAGGGUCGGAAAAUCCGGCGCAAGAAGCUAAUUCACCUGUGGGUCGCCGAGGGCUUCAUCAAGAUAGUGGAUGAGAGUGAGAGAAUAGAGGAUAUAGGCCAAGAUUACUUCGAUGAAUUGCUAUCCAGCUCUUUCUUUCAACCGACGGAGGACGAUGAUCUCUACACUAUCCAUGAUCUAUUGCAUGAUCUAGCAGAGAUGGUUUCUAAAGAUCGAUAUCUUAGAGUUGAAGGAAAUCUGACAGAGACAGUAGUACAUCAAGAGAUUCGUCAUCUUUUCCUCCGCAUCUAUACACUGAGGGGUCUCGUUGAGAAGAUAGGUAAUUUAAAAAAUCUCCGCACAUUGAUAGUCCGUACGGGGACUUCUAAUUAUUAUUUCGAUGAUUAUUUGCACAACAUAUUUGUCAAACUGAAAAAACUAAGGGUGGUGGAUCUUGGCAAAUUCAGAUUAAGCAAACUACCAGAAUCAAUUGGGAACCUGAAGCAUCUGCGCUACCUUAAUCUUUCUCGGUCACCAGUUGAAAUUUUGCCAAAAUCAAUUUCUACACUCUACCAUUUAGAGUUUUUGCAUAUAGAUAAAUGUGCAUUUGUAGCAAAACAACUAGCCAACUGGAUUAAUUUGCAGCAUUUAUAUGUCUCUAAAAUGAUUUUGAAUGUAGCUGGGAUUGGGAGCUUGAAACAACUGGAGAACCUAAGAAAGUUUCAGGGGUACUCAAUACAUAUUAAUGGUCUUGAGAAUGUUAAAGGAAAGGGGGAGGCCCCUGUGGAGAUAAAAGGUAUUAAGCUACUUCGUUUAGAAUGGAGUACCGCCGAUAACAUUAGCAGAUCGUUAGACAUGGACGCACAAGUACUCGAGGGUCUUCGUCCGCCUCCCCAUCUUCAGCAUCUCAAAAUCGUGGGCUAUCAGGGUUGCCUAUUGCCAAGUUGGAUGGUAGGAGACCGAUACCUCUUACACAAUCUUAUAUCUCUUGAGCUUUCUGCUUGCUCCCUCCCAAUUGUCUCCAAAGAGGAUUUAGCAAUUAUUAGGUCCACACAAGAUGUAAGAAUUUCCCAAGUAGUGACUUUUAUGGAGGGCUUGGUUGCUACAAACAGAUCCUGUAUUGUAUCGAAAAUAUGCUGGUAUUUACGGCGUGGGUAUGAUUCACAGAAAUUGCACAAUUGGCUAGAAAAGACCAUGGGCAUUGUCUACCAAAACCAGCAGGAGGAGGAGGAGGCGCAGCUAGUCCUGCCCCCUUCUCUUUGCAGACUUCAUAUCCGCUCAUGUCCGCUCACUGAUAGCACAUUGCGGGAAGGUUUGCGAGGUCUCACUUCUCUAGGAUCCCUGAACCUUUGUAAUAUUGUUUCUCUUACAUCCCUUCCCUCGGCGGAUGUGUUGGGAUGUCUGACGACGCUCAGAAGGCUAGAAAUCAUUCAAUGCUGGUUCCUAACCUCGCUGGGGGGUUUGCAAGCCCUCGGCUCAUUGCAGAAUCUCUUCAUAUCCUUUUGCCCCAACCUAUCUGCAGAAGGUGGCAGCACCUCUAUCCUGCCCUCGUCUCUAGGGUGUCUCGAGAUCGAGGCAUGUGAUUGGAAGCAUUUGGAUGAUUCGCAGCCUGAACCGAUUUCCGCAAUCGAUUCAGAGGGCUCGGACAUCCCAUUCGCGGCAUCCCUUCAGCUGGGUCAUCUGAAAUCACUCUGGAAAUUGAACAUCACCAACUGUCCAAAUAUUGGUUCCUUGCUCGGUUUGCAAGAGUUGAAUAACCUUAACAUGCUCACUUUGAAGGGAUGUCCGAAACUCACCCGUGCAGAAACCAAGCUAGGGAGUCUCUUAUCAAGAUGGUUCAGCACUGAUGCUCCCUCGCUGCUCUAUGUGCUGCUCGCAGAAGAAGCCCUUGCCUCUCUCCGGCACUUGCGUAUUGCGGAGUUCAAAGAAGAAUCAUUCAAGUCGGAGGAAGAGCAAGUGUUGCAGCACCUCACCUCGCUCGAACACCUAGUCUUCGAGAGUUGCAGCAUCAAGUCCUUGCCUAACAACUUGGAAAGCCUAUCAUCCCUUCAACAGCUGCGUAUUAUCGACUGCCCAAAUAUCACGUCAUUGCCGGAUCUGCCGAGAUCACUUCAAAGGCUCGACUUGCAAUAUAGCAAUCCGGAGUUGAGGAGGCGAUGCCAAAACCCUGAUGACGAAGUUUGGUGUAAAAUAUCGCACAUCCCUAGGGUAAUCCGUUGACUGAGUCGUCCUCUAGCAUUGGCUUGCUUUGCCAAAAUUCGGAGGAAAGCUGACGAUGUACGUAGUGGUUAUCGAUCCUGUUUCAUUAGCUGAUUUGUUUGCUUUUUGCUCAGAGAAUAAGGUUUCCAGAUGUGGUGACAGAGUCCAGGCCUAUUAGUUUUACUAAGCAUCAAAUCAUCGACUAUCAAGCAUGGAAUCAAAAUGAUCUUCGAAUUGAUCAGAAGAUUCUUUCAGUUGGUUAUGAUCUGCGACUUGGAAUAAAGGAGAGAAGCAUGUAUCUGCUGCUAAGUUAUACAAAUCUCAACAGCUGUUUAUAUUUGAUUUGUUUAUAAUCUGAUUCCACUCUGCUACAGGAGAUCACAAAAAGCAUGAUGAUGGCUCCAUCAUAAGUUACCUAUCAUCUUGGGUUUAUUCUUUUUUUUAGUCCUUUCUUUUCUUGUGAAAAAAAUCCAGCAGCAGUUAAAAAUUCCAAUCAACUGCACUAGAAAUUUGGCUGCAAGAAUGUCAUCAGUUCAGGUUAUUUAUUGGGUAUUGUUCAUUGACAGCGUCUGUAUCUGUAUACUGUAAUGUGAUGAUAUUUAUCUAUAUAUAUAAUUGAACUGUGAGUUGGAUAUUUCGCAGUGUGAUGAUCAA